UUACGAUAAAAACAUUUCACUAUUAUUGCGUAGACGUUAUAACAAAAAAACUACUCUUUGAAUAUUAGAAACAACAAGUGUGUAGGUUCGUGGUGGGCAAGUUAUGGGUGCAGUUUGUUUACAGUUUGUUGACAAUGGGAUGAAUAACACCUUUGCAAUGAUCAGAAUCUCAGAUAUUGACCGGUUGGUGCCAAUACAGUAUUUUAAUCAUCUACAGUACAAGCAUAAUCAGGACACUUAGGAAGACAAAAAACUUCAACAUGGAAAAGAAAAUCAAAAUUGAUGAUGCAACUAUGGGUUCUAAACCUCAAGUGAAGGAUCUCUUGACUCACAUGGACCCAAUGAUAUACCUGGCAGGAACUGCUGACAAUACCUCAGAAAUGUUAUCAUACCUUGCUGAUAUGGAUCCUGCAUUUCACAAAUUGCAGUUGGUCAGAAGUCUGAGGAAGGGGAUGCGAGAAGACCUUAGUAAGGCAAUAGAGGGGCAUGUUGAGGCAUACCUGAAAGAGCAGAAGGGCAAGAUGAGAUCUGAGAAUCCUGUUGAUACUUUGGUGGAGAAGGUUGUAUCUGAAGACAAAUUCACUGAUUUUGUAGAUGAUACAAGAAAAAGUAUAGAGAUGUCAGUGCAAGACAUUACAAAUCAUUUUGAUGAUGAAAUAGUAACAGGAAUGUUUGCCAAUGAUGAAGAUGAGCUUACUUUUAGUGUGAGCCCAAAUGACUCAAAUGAGUCAUCCCUAAACUCUUCGUUGAAUCAAUCAGGGCUGUUGUUCUUACACCCAGCACAGUAUUAUAACAUAGCAAAAAGUCUCCAGAGUAGGAAAGAAAUGGAAACUUGGAAUGAUUCUCUAAAUAUUUUGCUAGCAGUAACACCUGGAGAGCCAGUGAUGCAGGAAUGUUGGCCUGAUGUGAAGAAAGGGUUGAGGGAAUGUUUAUUUGAAGACUCACCAGAAAUAUUUGAUAAAUCCUUAAAGGUACACUGUAAGCUUCUUACAUCUCAAGUACAUAAUGCAGUAAAGGAGGCAUAUAUAAAUCUUCUAGAUGCAUUAGCAGGCUUUUAUAUGUCUAAAAGGUUUCUUACUAAAAUUCCAUUGAGGGGAGAAAAUAUAAACUUGAGGUCUUGUGAGAAUAUCAUUAGAAUCAUAAAGGUAUUAACAGAUUUCCAAAAAGAAUUUCCUCUCUUGUGGAUUAGGUAUCCAGAAAGAUUUGUUGAUGAUAUGGUAGAAGCAACUUUUACAAUUCUAGGUUUAAAUCUCUCAACCAAGGAUAGUAGACAAAUGACAAUUCUGGAUAUGUAUGCUGUUGUUGACCCCCAAGCUUCAUGGAUCAGGAGGUGGGUGCAUGGACAGUGGGGAAGAAGCAAGACUUUUUCUGCCAUGAGAAGUAACUCAAUGGUCCUCCUUCACUCUGUAUCAUUUUGUAUCAAACACUUGGAAAGUUUGACUGAAAUCUCGCAUGCAGACAUUGGCGAUGUAAUGCUUAGUUCGAGCCUUGUAGCCCAUCUGAGAUUCAGUCAUGCCAUUAACCUCAUUAUGGCUGUUCUGGAGUUUUCAGAUGGAAGAAAACUGUUCCCAGUGAAUGUUCCAUCAAAAGAAGAACUGGUGACCAUGCAAAGUAUAAUUCAAAUAUUCAUCAGAGCAGUUAACAGUAAUGUUUCUGAUAUAAUCAACAUUGAAAUCAGUAGUCUAUUACAAAAGUUUUGUUCAAAAGAUGAAAUGAAGUCGUGGAUCUUAUGUGAUGCUGGAGUGGUGGAGUUACUCCUUCAAGAAGUGAGCAGUAUCGGAAAACUGCAGGAAAAGACAAAAGAAUUAAAAGGAGAGCUAGAAUUAAAGAUCCCAUCUAGCUAUAUCCAGGCUGUUCUUGUUAUACUAGACACCAUUUUGUCAACCAACAUUGGCCAGAAGUAUAUAUUAUUAGGAAGAAAGAGGAAAUCCAGCUCCAGAUCUGGCUUAUCUGCAGUUACUAGUAGUCCAGCAUAUGAAGUAAUGAACAUAGUCUACCUGCUCUUGAGGAGCAAGCAGGCAAGUUCAGAUUUAAAAAGACUCACCAUUAGUGUUUGCUGCAGCUUGCUUGCCUCACCAAUAGGUAUACAUAUGUGUGUUGAACAUCCUCUUAUAGAGAGUGUAAUUGAACAUCUAAAGGACAAAAACAAAUCGGUUACAAUGCAAAAAAUUCCACAAGGAGAUGCUCCACGAACAAGUGAACCACUACAUCUGAGUGUUCCUCAGUCACUCCCUCUCUUGGCAACACUACUACUCUCAUAUAAGGGAGUCUUUCUGCUGGAGAGUGAAGGAGUCUUACCUCUGGCAAUCAUGCAGGUUCUGCCAGAAAUGGCCAGGAAGGGUGACCUGAAUGCAAGAAUUCUUGCAAGUAUUUGCAGCUCACCUCAAGGUUGUUUAGUUGUGGGCAGUUUAAAGGUUAUUCAGCCAUUCUGGGAUAUUCUUUGCCAUGUGGUGAAUGGAGAGGACCUGGUGCAACAACCUCUUUCAGAAGAAGAGAGAGAAGAGGCUAUAGAGGCUGCACUGGCACCACUCAUGUCAUUAACAGCAACAUAUCAAGGCACACAACUUGUCUUCAGUGAACAGGGUUUGCUGAAACCUAUAUCUGAGCCACUCUACUGUACCAGUGAACUGAUGACAGAGAUGCACACCACGGCUCUAAGACUUCUUGGGUCUGCUACAUCUGUCCUUGAUUCAGUGGCUUUUCUCCAAGCCUCCUUUGGGUACCAGGAGCAACUACUUACUCAACAACACCACAUGAGGUUCGGGGAAGGAGACUCAGUCAUUGUGGAUGAAAACUCAAUUCUUCGCAAUCACAUAUUGGUGAAGUCAUACUUGGUGGGAGGCAAUGGUGAGAGAUGGCUCCCUCCUCUUGUUGUUGAAGAUGUUUCUGCAUCAAUUAUGCCUCCUCUUUUUAGCCAAUACCCACCUCCAAGAGAGUAUAAGCCUGAGAAGCCCAUCCGGUCGAUGCAUAAGAAACAGAAUGAGGUUUGGAGGUUCCUCACAGAUACCCGCCAUGGUCUUCAUGAUAUAGGUUGGCUCAAUCACUGUCGCAAGGCUGUUCGUGCAGUUCUCUCAUCUGGAGAAGACAUCAAGAGCUGGCUGGUCAUGGACAUUGUGGACCGUGCUGUUCGGGCUCUUUCAUCCUCCACUGAAGAGUUACUGCCUGGCUCCUCCAUGUCCCAUCCCACCACCUCAGCAGCUUCCACCCCUACUUCCCCUCCAGCUGCCUCCUCCACCACUACAUUUAACUUAGUCCCAGGAUCAACCCUCUCACCUACAUCUUCACCACUUGAUCACAAUGAGGAAGGUUCAGAAUCACAAUCACUUUCAGAACCUCAGCAGGCUGCAGUAGAUCUAGUGUUGAGGUAUGGCAGUCAACUUCAGGUCCUGAGUGUCAGUGGAAGUCUACGUGAAAAUCUCAUUGAUGUUUUGAAGUAUGUGCAGUCAAGGAUUCUUCUGUCUUCUGGCGAAAAAUGUGAUUGGUUCACCAUGAUUAUGUUCCUCAUUUAUGGUGGGAAUGUUGAGAGGUGUCGGUGUGCCCUGGCAAAUUUGAGUGGAUUACUUGUAGGGGCUGUCCUGUGGCCCUCACUCUCAGACUCCCUCACAACUUCCUAUGAGAUAAUGCCAGGAGAGAUGACUUUGGGAGGAAUCAUCCAUAAUGUCCAGCUGGUUUUGAAUCUAGAAAUUCCAACUCUACAUUUGGCUCUACAGGCUAGUGGUGAUACAUGCUUGUGGAGUAUCAUCGGGGAGUGGGUGCGAUGCAUAUUCCUAGGGGUGCUGCCCUGGGUGGAGGUAUGUCAUUACCUAGUCCUAGUGCUGCUUCAGGGACCUGAUUAUGCUGUCUAUUUUUUGGUGGCACUUCUCAGACAUGUGAAGAAUAUCUUCAACAAGCAUGCAGGAUCACACAAAUCCCUGAUUCUUUUGCAGGUGAGUAAACUGGGGAAGCCCCAGGCAUGGAUCAGCAACCACUAGGGCAGAAGGCAAGUACAUACUGCAUCCCCUUGGCUGUUGCAUCCCUACUUAGAGUAGAGUGUAUGUAUACCUUAUACUGUACAGUAUACACUGUAGUAGUAUUUAAAUUGAUAGUAAAUAUAAAAAUUUAUAUACAUUUAUCCAUAAGGGUUUUCAUUCGUACUAUCUACGUAAAAGAUAUACAGUAUUUUACUAUAAAUUUUUGUCAACAUUUCAUACAAAAGACAGUAGCAUCUCUAAAACCACUUCACUAAGACACAAAUAUAGUUAUUUUUAAUGAAUAAGCACAAUAAAGUGUAUCUAGAUAAUGUGGAAAAACAUUAGUAAAUAAAAAGGUACUGUAUAUGUACAAACUCUACAGAAUAUUAAUAUAGCAGUAAUAAAUGAAGCUCAAAAAAUUUCAGUCAAAACAAAAGUUGGUUUCUGAAACAAACAAAUACUUACCUAAAAAGUUAGUUGGUUAAAAAGGUAGGCUGCUUAGCUUACCUUGCACAUUUUCCCAGUUAACAUACCCGGUAACUAUAUUUUGAAACAUGUAAAAACGAAUGUAAACAGGUAAUUAACAAAAUACUGUAUAAUAAAUGAGAAUUUUAAUAAAAAUUUUAAUAAAAAUAAAAAUAUUUCUUUCAAUACUUGAGCAAUCUCCCCUCAGUUGCAAGGUAUAAAAUUUGGAAGAAAAAAAAGCCACAAAUACUGUACUUUACUGGACUUAGUUAUCAAAGGUUAUAUACAGUAUAUUUAAUACUCCUCAUAACUGAAGAUGUAAGAAUACUGUAUACUGCACUUCACAGGAUACAAGGUGUAAAAUCAAUGAAAAGAAUCUUUCUAAAAAAAUUUUACAUUCAAUUUGUUUCUUAACUGAUACUAAGUAAACAUAUAUAGUUAAGGUUGGGUUUGGGGGUAAUUUUGAUGCAUUGUUUAAUGUUAUUUUUUGAUCCUGAGAUAAUUCUCUAGUUAGCUACAGUCUUACAUCUUCUGCUUCAAGAAAUAUUUAUUGUAUUUACCUUUGAUAAUUAGCAGACUGAACUGCCAUUGUCAUUUAAUAAAAAAAUCAAAAGUAUUCAAAUUAACAAGAAAUUAAUUAUUCCUCUCACCCAUAGCUCACAAAAACACACUAAGACAGAUGCACAUAUACACACCUGAUAUAUACCUUUAUUGUAAUAAGAUACUGUACUGUAGUUUCUUUUGGUCUUUGGAAAUUGCCACUUAUGUAAAAAAUUCUAGAACCCUACAUGUUUGUACUAUAAAAAGGAUCAUAGUAAUAAAGACAGAUUACAGGAGGACGAAAUUGUGUUUAUACAGGUAUACAAACUACUCAAAUGGUCAACCUUACACUUACUGUUAAUUUAUUGUCUGUCCGUGACUGAAGAGAGUUUAAUAUUUAUAUUUACAAAGAUGUUUAUGUUACAUACUGAUAAAAAUUUUGAAAGUCAUUCAAGAAUGCCUGUACAGUAAACCCAAGAAACAAAGCUCUUUGAAGCCUCUAGAAACAAA